AUGAGGCCCAAACAGAAGCAAAAUGCUAAGGAAACCCUAAUUCGUGUCAAAGAGUUGUGCAAUGAGCUACUUCGACUAUGUCACAAAUCUCCAGAGGCAUCUAAUUUUCUCGAUUACUUCGGAAGCCUUAAAUCAGUUACUUCUACCAUUGAAGGCUUUCAAAAGAAUUUAUCAAUCGUUGAAGCAAUUUCCAAAGGAGAUCGUGAGAUAAAGCUGAAAAGUCUCGAGCAUAAGUAUAAGGAUUAUUUAGAGUGCAAAAUUUCUAUUCAAAAUUCGGAAAGUGCUGGCUUUGGUCUUCGCGCUGAAGAACCAAUAAAAAAAAACACCAGGCUUCUCCAUGUUCCUGCUGAAGAUAUGUUAUAUCUGAAAAAUCUAACCACCCAACUUCCUAAGUUUCUUGUAAAAGAUCCUAUUUUUUGUGGUAUGAAUAAUGUUGCACUUAGCAUCGCAACACUGCAUGAACUUUCGUUGGGAGAAAAAUCGAAAUUCAAGGAAUAUAUCUCUUCGCUUCCUUCGACCUAUUCCACUGUCGCCUAUUUAUCCGUUGAUGAUUUUGCUGUCGUGGAUGGCUUUCCUGCAGCUGAAUUGGUACUGAAUACGUACCGAAAUAUCUGCCGACAGUACGCUUAUUUCUAUCUCUUGUUUGAUCGGAUGAAAGAUGAGAUUGUUCUACCAAAUUACAUGAAGUCUUUCUGUUUCAAAGAUUACCAAUGGGCCAUAUCUACUGUAAUGAGCCGAAACAAUAUGAUUCCCGGAAACGAAGGUGAAGUGCUUUGUCUGAUACCACUCUGGGAUAUGAUCAAUCAUAAGCAAGGCCAGCUGACGACAGACUUUGAUCCGGCUUCACGAAGUCUAGUGUUCUAUGCCACGGAAUCGUAUGAAAAAGGCGAUGAGAUAUUCAUGGAUUAUGGCAAACGUACAAGCACUGAGUUUCUCUUGUACAGCGGCUUUGUUCCAGAAAUAAAUAGAUUCCAUAAAGUUCCAAUUAAACUAGGCUUAAGCAAAUACGAUAAACUCUUGACUCUUAGAACACGGGUUUUGGAGAAACAGAAAUUGUCGAGUGAAAUCAACGUAAGUGUCUCUUCACCAGAUGAAUCUCCUCUUCCGGUCGAUUUUUUUGUGUUUGGCCGCGUUUUCGUCAUGAGUGAAAGUGAACUUCAAUUUGCACUGAAAGCUGAUGAGAGUACGGACAACAUUCUAUCGAAUGUGCUUUCGGAUAAUCGUAUUGACAAUGCAGCUCGAAAGUUCAUUGAAGACCGCCUAACCUGCCUCGUUCGUGCCUACAAAUCGCGCCUUGAAAAGAAGCUGCAAUCUGCUCAAGUCAAAGGUCCACUUCAUGAGCACGAAGAUAAAGCUGAGAUGGCUGCACCGAGCGGUUUGACACAACAACCUCUCUAUGGAGGAGCGCUAGAGAUUCAGCUUCCAUCACCCGCCAAUGAUGUAAGUAACUUUCGUCAAGUGCCGGACAACCAGGAGAUCUUUGUUAAUCCAGCAAACAAUCAAAGCAUCAUUGUGGAUAUUCUUGAAGCUCUAUCCGAACCAGAUCUUGUCGAGGCUGUAAAAUUUCAUUUUCAAGAAAUCGCCGAAUGUAAUUCUGCUACUGAGACUAUUGUGGAUUCUGUUGAGGUUCAGAACAUUCCUGGUUGCCCUUCGGCCGUCCUUCUACGCGGAAAGCAGAAAACUGCCAAGUUCAAUAGGGAAGACAGUGACACUGUGGCUAUCUCAAUUAUGCUCUAUCGAUUCACCCAAUUCGCAUCCGAUAUCCUUGUGUGUUUUAAUGAUCCCAUAUUGUAA